GGCCAACGAUCUACCUACACAAAUCAUCGGUACCUUUCGGCAGCCAAGCCGCCGCUCAGAUCCGAUCCCCUCACCUCCGCGUCGACUCUCCCCGCUCCGCCCACACACCAGAUCUUCCCAUGGCCGACUCGUCCGUCAAUCCGUUCCUCAGGAUCCCUCCGCUUAUCCACACCGAGGAUCCGGGUUCUCCUCCUCCUGAGUCGAUCCUCCUCGACCGAUACGGCUACCUCAGCUGUCGCCUCAACGGCACUACCGCCGAUGGCUUCACGGCGGACGGCAAGAGAAUCCAGGUCACCUUCUGGGCGGCCAGCCCGCCGCGGGUCUCCUGCUUCACUGUCCAUUCCCCCGACGUGAAGCCCUCCGCGUUCGACUGGUUGCCCAAGGUCAUCUACUCGAAGGACGACCUCGUCCUGCUCCGCAUCCCCAUCCUCCGUCAGGACGACAGCCGCGACGCUAAGAGCUGCCACUACUUCGUCUACCAGGCCGGCACCGAGAACAACCGGCCGUCACUUAAGAUGUUACCCAUCCCGUGCGACAUCAAGUUCUCCAACAACGAGGUUGUGCUUUUGCGUUGCCGCGACCAAGAUAUGUUCUACUUCGCCCUGCUUCAUAGGAUCAUCGAUCCUAAGAACGGCAAGCGAUUUGAUCUCCACCUGUACAACUCCAAGACAGGUACAUGGAACACUGAGAAUCAGUUUGUUGAUUCAGUGAAUUAUGUGAAUUAUUCAUAUCCAAACAUUGCGGUCACCAUCGGAGGUGAGUUCGGUUCAGUGGGCUGGGUCGAUCUCUGGCGGGGCAUGCUUAUCUGUGACCUUCUCCGGGACAACCAUAGUCUUCGCUAUAUUCCAUUACCAUUGCCACUGGUGCCCAAGCUGCUCAAGGGUUAUCCGAUGUGUUUCCGGGACAUUGUUGUGGUUGGAGAUUGCAUCAAGUAUUUCGAGAUGAGUUACGACGUCAGACCAGGCUCUGGACUCACGUCUGCAACUCAAGAUUUGGUGGCUGCAACAAAGAAAAUGAAAAUUUCAGAUAUUGGUUCUGGGAACAACUGGGAAGAGGACUGCACUUUCAAAUUUUCUGACAUCCCAGUGGACAGCCCCAAGUUUGCUCGAAUGCUGAUGCUGCCUAAUCUGAAACAGGUUAAAAAUACAAAGCUAACCUUGAUGAGACUCUGUGCGGGUUACCCUGCUCUGAGCUUGCAUGACGCUGAUGUUGUUUACAUCAUGCACACACCUGAUCCCGAUGAGGACAAGGCAUUGGUGAUUGCACUUGAUAUGAGAAAAAAGACUCUAAAAGAUGUGGCUGAUUUUGGCUCUGGAAGGCCUCUGGGUUACACUUUCACCUACCUUCAAAGUGGGAUCUCCAAGCAUCUGAACAUUUGGUCCUCCUCCAGAUCUGGGAGGAAUGCUGGUGAAACAAGUAGGGAUGGAUGUCUGGGGCCAUGCAAGCUAGAAGUUCUAUGGGUGAACGCUGAACAGCAGCCAAACGCAACCUAAGUCUAAACUUGGAAGCAAAGCACAAAGGGUACUACUUAGCAUGGUGAUCACUAAAUUGGUGUGCAAGUUGAAACAAAGCCCUUCACACCUCACCCGUGGUGUGAUGUCUAUGAGGUGUUGCAUUAUUGAUGGACCUGUAUUACAUUAGCUUGCAUCGUGUCAACUAUGUUUGCGGACUAUAUUUGUUAGUCAUCGAGGACUAUGUGGCAUGCUAGCCGUGUGAGGGCUGUUAUUUAUGGAUGAAUGCAUUUUUUUAAACACAUAUUUCAUUACCUAUUUAUGGAUGAAUGGCCAUUGUCAACAAUAUCUAAGCAUCUUCCGAGGGUCCUAGGAGUGCUGCUGACCUCUCUGCAUGAUGUAUGGAUGUCUGCAUGGUGUAAUUCAACUAGUUUGUAUUAUAGAGUUCACACCUGUAAUUGUACUAAAGUGGGCAUCCGGGAUGAGUUGGUACAAUCGGGGUGUGUUUUGUUGCUUUGUAUCAUUUGUAUUAUUUGAUUCAUGUAUGAAAUGGUUCAAAAUAAUAAUGAUUCUUUUGUUCGGUUA